GCCCAGAAAUGGAAAGUAAAUGAAGAGGAAAAGUCAACUCACCCGGAACUACAUUCACGGAUACCACAUGUGAGAUGUGAGUGUUAUGAUUGUCCACGUUCAGGACUGUGUUUUGUUUAUCGGUGUUUUUUCCGCUUUAACAGCGGUAUGAAAGGCAAUUUCGUCCUGUAGCUUGUAAACGACUGUGGUAGAAGAUGUUGAGUGAGUCGAAGACUGCUGAGCUAAUCUCCUUCCUGACCCCCAGCACACGUCCAGAUGUCAAGGGUCAUGCCACCACGUAUAUCCUCGGAUUGUCUGGAAACAGGGACGGUUGCCAGUUUCUCCGCUCCAAACCUGACUUGCUGGUUGCACUGUUUGCAUUGACAUCUGACCCUUCAAUUGCUAUAGUGAAGGACUGUUACCAUGUCAUCAUCAAUCUGUCAGCUGAUGAAAAACUUCACAAUGUUUUGGUAGAAAAAGUUAAUAUUCUCCCAGUUUUACUGAAGAACAUUGUGGAUCCAGAUUUCCCCUUCUCCGACCAGAUCUCUACCAUUCUGUCCAACCUGAGUCGUCACAAGAAAACAUGCAAGGCGGUGUUCCAGGCUCUGCAGGAGGAGGUGGGCUUGGCCAAGGUGGUGGAGAUGUUCUGUACUGAAGGUUACAACAAGAAGGCCAACUUCCACUACCUUGGUCUUCUGCUGUCCAACCUGACGCAGCUGCCCGAGGCCAGAAGUUUCAUCAUGGACAAAGACAGGUGUAUCAUCCAGCGGUUGCUGCCCUUCACUCAGUACCAGGCAUCGGUGAUCAGAAGAGGUGGCACCAUAGGAACUCUGCACAACUGUUGUUUUGACCACAUUUAUCAUGACUGGUUGCUCAGCGAUGCUGUGGACAUUCUACCCUUCCUCCUGUUGCCACUGGCCGGUCCAGAGGAGCUGUCAGAAGAACAGAAUGAAGCUCUGCCUGUGGACCUUCAGUACCUCCCAGAAGAUAAGACAAGAGAGGAGGACCCAGAUAUUAGAAAGAUGCUGCUGGAAACACUUUUACUGCUGACAGCAACCAAAGUAGGUCGGCAGAUAAUGAAAGACAAAAAUGUCUAUUUCAUCAUGAGAGAGUUUCAUAAGUGGGAGGAGGACCUCGAAGUCAUAUCAACCUGUGAAAAAUUCAUCCAGGUGCUGAUCGGUGAUGAACCAGCGGAGGGGAUGGAGAACCUGAUGGAGGUGGAGAUUCCUGAGGAUGUGGAGGAGAAACUCAAGCAGGCUGACCUCAAAGAACAAGAGGAGCUGGAGAAAGAGCAGAAGAGACGAGAGGAAGAGGAGACAAAGAAGAACAGUGACGUAAAUCAGAAAGAUGGGGACAAGGAGAGUGGACUGACGCUGUAAUCUUUCCAGCAUCAUACAGACAAACGUUGGUUUCCAACAGGAAGAUAAUUAAGUAUUAAAUAACACUCGAGACCACAUUUACAUAAAAGACAAUGACAUGGAAUGUAUUGGUCUUCUGGUUUUCAGAGGAAGUCUCACAACACCUCACAACGUGAUUUGAAAAAAAAAAAAAAACAGGGUUAGAACCUCAUGUACAAAACAUAUACUUUAUGUUCCUGUAGUUUUCUUUAAUGUAAAAUCAAUGUUUUUGCAGAAAAAUACAUUUUCACAAACCUGCCAGA